CGGGCGCGGACGGCUGCGCGUGGGGCGGCGCGGGUGCAACCGCUGUUGGACCGCCGCGGCCACCUCGCCCUCCGCACCGGGCUCGGGGACGCCGUGCUGGGGAGGCGGGGCGCUGGGGCACAUCGCGUCAGACCUUCAAGUACUUUGUUUGUGCCAAAUCAUUACUGCUUACCACAUGAGUCUAAAUCAUGAUGGAUGCCAAGUAUGUCCUCUGCAGAUGGAAAAAGCGAUUAUGGCCUGCAAAGGUCUUGGCCGGAACUGAGAAGUCAGCCAAAAAUAAGAGAAAAAAGGAAUUUUUUCUAAACGUUCAGAUACUUUCCCUAGACAAAAAAAUUAAGGUGAAAAGCACGGGAGCCCAGAUCCUGAAGAAGUCUCACAUCGAAGGCAUCGCUUCCUCGUUAGCCUUGCAGAACGAGGUUGCUGCCACGCCCCUGGAGGAGCUGGCCUACAGGCGGUCGCUCCGCGUGGCUCUGGAUGUUUUGAAUGAGAGGACCCGUCCGCGUCAAGGAAGCUCUUCCAGGGAAGAGAGGACCACUCAGUCUCUGAGAGUGAAGCCCACGGAACCGGCCUCUUCGCUCUGCCACUCCAGCCCUUCGCCUUUGCUCCACGAAGAUGCGUCGGGCAGUCCUGGGCACACGAGGAGGGAACGUGCGCCCCAGAGGCUGUCCGGCCUGCCCGCUCGCAAGGAGGACCCCGGGUGCAGAGUGGACCACAAGAAGGGGCUCGGGAGAAGCGGAGGCUUGCGCGCCCGAGCUGUCUCCUUGGCCGGCAGUGGUGCUCAGGACGGACGGGGAUCCAGAAAACACCGGGCAAACCGGACGGUGAACCGGACAACGACACCGAGUAAACGGGAGAGGAACCUAGCACGGGGGCCCAGCUGGGGUCAGGAAGCGCCUCCGUCCUCAGAGGGAGCUCGGGAGGAAGAGAGUGAGAUGGUGGCCGGCCUGGCAGCCCUGCGCUCCUCUCCCGGAGGUGGGGCCGAGGGUCCUCGGGGCGGCCCCAGUGCCCGUGGCCACCCUGCCCAGCACCUGUGCCCGGACAGCGGCCAGAGGCCGGGGCCCCACAAGGCUCCGCGCAGCCCCACUCAGCUCUGCCCCGCAGAGGAGACCAGAGACGCCCGGCUCCUGGAGGGAGCCCGUCCACCUUCUGAAGAGUCAGUGGAGUUGGACGCCGUGAACUCUCUCCUGGCAGAGGACGAGGAGGACGAGGAGCCCCCGAGAAUCCUCCUAUACCGUGAACCACGUUCGUUUGAAGUAGGAAUGCUAGUCUGGCUUAAAUACCAAAAAUACCCCUUCUGGCCCGCAGUGGUCAAAAGCGUCAGGCGAAGAGAUAAGAAAGCGAGUGUGCUUUUCAUUGAAGGAAACAUGAACCCCAAAGGGAGAGGCAUCACGGUGUCUCUCCGGCGACUGAAGCACUUUGAUUGUAAAGAAAAGCAGGCGCUUCUGGACGAGGCCAAGGAGGAUUUCGACCAGGCCAUCGGCUGGUGCGUCUCCCUCAUCACCGACUACAGGGUCCGACUGGGCUGUGGUUCCUUCGCAGGCUCUUUCCUGGAAUACUACGCGGCUGAUAUAAGCUCCCCCGUCCGCAAGUCCAUCCAGCGGGACGUCCAGGGGACCAGGUUUCCCCCACUGAGCGGGGUGGGCCCCGAGGAGGCCUCGGCAGGGAACCCGCGGGGCAGGAGGCCGGCCUGCAGGAAGGUGCUCCCUGAUCGCUCGCGGGCCGCCCGGGACCGGGCCAACCAGAAGCUGGUGGAGUACAUCGUGAAGGCGCGGGGUGCCGAGAGCCACCUGCGAGCCAUCCUGAAGAACAGGAAGCCGUCCAGGUGGCUAAAGACGUUCCUGAGCUCGGGUCAGUACGUGACCUGCGUGGAGACCUACCUGGAGGACGAGGAGCAGCUGGACCUGGUGGUGAAGUACCUGCAGGGGGUGUACCAGGAGGCGGGCAGCAGGCUGCUGGCACGCGGGCACGCGGACGGCAUCCGCUUCGUCCUGGACGUGCUUCUGCCCGAGGCCAUCAUCUGCGCGAUUUCCGCUGUGGAUGCUGUGGACUACAAGACGGCUGAGGAGAAGUACAUACGAGGACCUUCACUCAGCUACCGGGAAAAAGAAAUAUUUGAUACGCAGCUCCUGGAAGAAAGGAGCCGGCGAAGCUGAGGCCGGUGGAGGCAAGGCCCUGCGCUCUGGAGCACAGGCGGGCCGUUGGCCUCCCUGAUGGCUGCUGCCUCUGUUUUCCUGGCUCUUGUGGAAGGUACAGCUCCUGAAAGGGUUUGAAAGGACAGAGGCUUUUUUUUUUUUUUUUAACUUUACGUCAUUACCUGUGACUGUACCGUGUAGGUUCACAGAAGGUGCACGUUUGUGUUUUGUGUUGAAAAGCACUGUACCCAACAUUAAACAGGAGCUUUAAAGACUCUGAUACGAACGUACGGCUCCCGCAACAUCAGUGUAUUUUUCCGUUGGUUUCCCUCCUGUGUGUGGCUACUCUUAUGACGGCUCCUGAGUUUGCUGUGCCUCUGUUACAUGUUUUUGAGGCAAACCCGUGUUUGUAAGAGGCAGGACCCGAGAGCCGCUGCUUUCCCGUGCUCUAGCCUCUGCUGGGACUCGUGCAGGAGAGCAGACGGACCGGCAGUCUUUCCAGCCUCUUUCCGCCCGGCCUCCAUGUGGGUUUCCCCGCCCGGCCUUGUCACCGCACAGCCAACUGCCCAGAUAGCUGUGACGAUCCCACCGGGCUGCUGCGCCCCCCAGCCCGGCCACGGUCAUUGUGUGCCCGGCCUGGGCCUGGGCCGUGGGGUCGCGGCCCGGCACCAGUGGAAACCAGUCCUUUGUCUGGAAGCCCGAAGCACAGAUGGGUCCCCCGAUGCCUGAGGGUCCCAGGCUCAGGGCCCCCCCCCCCUCCACCUUUGGAGAGAGUUGUGUGAAGGCCCGGUCCUUGACGUGGUCACAGAAAUUCUGUUCUGGUUUAAAGCGACACACGGUGGAUUAUUUAUUCUAAGCUGACGCGAGGCUGCCUGUGGAAGGAAACAGCCAAGUCCCCACCAUGAUGGCUGCGCCACGGCAUCUGAGCUCGGCCAGUCCUCCCUGAAGCCGGCACCGGCCAGCGAGCGGCCGCUGCAGAGGACAGUUGGGGAGAGGUUCUCACAGGCGCCGGGGACACGGGCCCUGAUCCUGACAGGAGGCUGGGUCCCUGCGGGAAGGAGGUGCAGAGAUCACUGCGGGGACCUGCGUGUGGUGUCUCUGCUGGUUUUGAUGAAACCCAAGCAGAGGUGCAGACACGGCCCUGGAGGUCCUGCUGAGCUGCCCCCCAGGGCGGUCGGAGGGGCAUCCCGUGUGGGCCAGGCUUGGGAGAAUGGCCCCGCCAGCAUCUCCACCGUGGCCUCGCUCCCUUCUAGAAAAGUCUAGACAGCAAGCCUCCUUGAAGUGGGUCAGGAUGGAAAACAGGGUGCUCUUGUGGGUGAGGCAUCCACGUGGACUAUUCCGUUAUCGUGAAGUAUUUUUAUAUAUCUGUGUUCUGAGCUCUGGUUGUGGAAUUGAACUAUUCAGACUGGAAUUAAAUGCCGUUUUGCA